AGUAAUAUCUGAGCCACAGGUUUAAGACUCACCUGGACAGUGGUCAUUUGGUCAUCAUGGCUGCCCCAGUGGUGACCCCAGAGCAGGACAGAGGCACACUGCGAGGAAAAAUUGCAGCCAAAAAGAAGAAAUCUUUAAAACAAGUUUUGCGUUCACCAUACAAUGUCUCAUGGCCUGCAGUGGAAAAACAAACAGAAGUGGUUCUUCUGGAGAGGAUAAAAAAGGAGUUGUCCCAGAAUUUUGUCACGCACCCAAAAGUACCACAACAGAUAAGACGGAAUAAGCAACAGAUGAAGAAGUGGAGAGAGGAGCAGAGGAAAGUAGAGGACAUAGACAGCAAGGCCUCCCAGUCCAGUGUGUACAUAGGUAUAAACAGAGUGACCAAAGGGCUGGAGAGGGACGAGGUCAGAGCAGUCAUUGUUGACCGUGAUGUCCCUCUGAUGAUGACCCGUCAUCUGAUGUUGCUUGCGGCAACCCGAGACUGCCCUGCAGUUUGUCUGUCUGGAUUGAGCAAUGUGAUUGGACCAGUGGUGGGCAUGAAAAGUGUUGCAGCCAUUUCCUUCAAGAAGAGUGUUCAAGGAGCAAGCACCCUGUAUGAUGACCUUGUGGAGUUUGUCUCUUCUCAUGCACCUGUACUACAAGUGCCAUGGCUGGUGAAGGAGGAGGAGGAGGAAUCUGAGGAUUCUUCAUCAGCAGAGGAACGAGAUCCAGAUCUGGUAGAUACAAGCAAUAAAUAUAUGACAGAAGAUAAAUUGUCUGAGAAUAAACAGUUGCACCCUCAAGCAGAAAAUGCAUCUAAAGCACAGAUAAUUCCCAAGUCAGCAGAUGGACCAUGUGAUCAAAAUCCAGCCAGUGAGAUGCCAGGUUACAUUGGACAUAGCAGUGUUAUUCAGCAGGCAGCAAAUUUUUCCACUAAUAAGUCAACUGGUUACAUCUCUUUUGAUUCAGACGGUCCUCAUAAAUCAAAGAUUUCACACAGUGAAGGUGGAAAGAGAAUUUAUUAUGCACCAGCUUAUUCUUCUGGUACAUCCAUUUUACAUCUGUAUCUUUUGAAGUCAGAAUUAAACAAUCCUGAUGAAUUUACAGAAUUCAUCCCACAUAACUACCGUUCCUUAAGUCCUGAACCAGAACAUAUUCCAAAAGACACAAAUCCUAACUCCAGAACUGACAGGACUCAAACAAUAAAAGAUCUAAGGGACAAACAUGAAGUUACAAAGAAGAGAAAAUUGGACAAUCCAAGUACAGAGGAUGUUCCUAAAAAGAGGUUGAAAAAGAAAUCAGGAAAGUGGAAGAAAAGUGUAAAGGAGAAAAAGAAUAGAAACCCUAAAUAUCAAAAAGCUCGGCAGAUGGCGCAGCAGUCAAAUCCAAACAGAAAGAAAAAGCAAAGGCGACAUUAAAGGCCUAACUAAGACGUACAUUUUAAAGUGAUCUUUGGUUUGAUGGAUAUCAGCAUAUAUGCUUUCAAAUUU